CCAAAUUAUUGAAUGGCAGGUACCUAUGCGCGGGAUACUUCGUCGGUGCACGGUGUAACGGAAACUCGGCGCCCACCACAAUUACUCGCGACAAAUGAUUACCAAAGGUUUGUUGGCUGCACCGUCGUAUUUAAACCGCAUUAUUAAGAUUACAAAACCAACUGUCAAAUGUUUAUCGCUCAUUGUCAAACGUUCUUUCACACUUUUUGUUUACUGUUAAUACGUAUUAUUUCGUACUCGUGGUUGGCAGUUGAAUUUGUUUGUUCUGUAAGUAUUUCAUUUUUAGUUAUUACUGCUCACAAUUGUAUAAUUUGUUCGUAAAUUGCAUAUUUUAUAUUCAUAUAUCUAAUCACUGAUAUCGGCGUGUAUAACUGUUUAGUUUGCAAUUUAAAACGAAAAAUAACAUUAGGUAAUGGCGCCCACAGAUUAUUGUAUGGUUUUUUUUAAUGAAUUAUUAUUUUAAUAUUAUUAGAUUUUCUAAUUGUUGACGUGUUGAAUAAAAUUUAACAUAUUGAACAAGUUUAUUAUCUGUUCAAUAAUAUAAGUAGUACCUAAUAUAAGUUGACAUUUUGUUAUUGACAUUGAAAAAAAUUGGGUGGAGAUUUAAAAAGCACAUUAUUUAAUUGACUUUUUAGGAAUUAGGCACACAUAUUAAACGGUAAACGCCGCAUUUCACGUACCUAUUUAACAGGAGAAGCGCGAAGUAAAUAUUGAUAUUUUUAUUUUAUUUUAUCAACAAUAAUCUCAAUAAAACGUAAUCAAUAUACUUAUGUUACAUUUUUGAAAAAUUUAAUUUGUUCAGCACAUUACAAAGUUAAGUAACUCAUAUUCUGCAAUUGUAUGAUAAAAUGGAUGAUUGUAUUUAAAAAAUCCAUUUAAAACAAAGAAAACUUAACAGAAAAAAACGGUAAAACCACAUGAUUUCCAGUAAUAAAAUAUUUUCUUGAAUAUAGUAAAUAAAUAUGUAAAUAAAAAAUAAAUGAAUGAAAGUGUCGCCUGGAGUAUUAUAAUAAGUGUAUUAGAAGGCCAGUUUCCAAUUAAAAAUAUUAAUAUCAAAGGUUAUAUUAGGGUUAUUUUCUAAAACAUGUUAAGCGAAAUUUGAAUUAGGGGCAGUCUUAUUUAAUUUUAUAUAAGAAAAAUAAUUUAAAUAAUACUUUAAAUGUACAAACUGAUAUUAAAAACAAUAUCUUGUAUCAAUACAUUUUAGAUAAUAAAUAGUAAUCAAAUAAUUUAUAUUUCUUAACAUAUCUAUAUUUAUUAAUAACUCUAAUAAAUAAUCUCUAUUAUUAAAAUAAAUUAUUUCUAUAUUCUAUGUAAAACUAUUAACUUUUUUCUAUGUUUAUCUUCAUUUAAUUUUUAUAUUCAGUCACGUUUUACAUUUUGACUGUGAUCUACCUGAUGAAUUUUUAAUUUGUAACCGGUUGUGUACUACACUUAUCAUAAUAUUUCAGGCAACAUAUUUAUUCGUUUAUUUAUUUUUUAUUUUUAUAUAUUUAUUUAUUAUAUUAUAUUUAUGAGUAUUAACCAUUUUAAUAAUUUUGUUCUUACUUUUAUUAUUUUAUUAUUGAAUAUAAAAAAAUUAAAUGAAGAAGAAAUACAUAGAAAAAAAAAAUUAUGCAAAUUGGUUGUUUUACAUAGAAAUAAUUUAUUUUAAAAGGAGAGAUUAUUUAAAACUGGUUAUAAUUAGACAUAAAUAUGUUAAGAAAUAUUAUGAUUAUUAUUUACUAUCUUCAAUGUAUUGAUAAAAGAUAUUUUUUUUAAAAUCGGUAUGUACGUUUAAAAUAUUAAAAAUUGUUUUUCUUUUUUUCAAUUUUAUUUAAGCAAUUCUUCUAAAAACUGAAUUACUGUAAUUAUUAUUUUGGGUAUUUAAUAUCUCUAAGUCUGUAUUAAUAUCAAUUUUAUGUUAAUGUUAAGCAAAAUUUGAAUUAGGGCAGUCUUUUUUAAAUUUUAUUUCAUAAAUGUGUUCUUUAUAUCUUAUUUUAAAAUGUCUAUUUGUCUUACCUAUUAACAAUUUAUUACAGUUACAUUUAAGUUUAGAUAUACCAGCAUUUUCAAAAGAAGGGGGAGUUUUUGUGAAGUUUUUAGUUCUAUUGGAAUAUCUAUAUUUUUGAGAAUAAGGGUGAUUAGAAUCAUGUUGUAUUAUUGCAUCAGUUUGUGUAGGUUCCCUGUGAAUGCUAAAAUCUAAUGUGUUCUUUAUUAUGGAAACUCUUAUGAAAAUUAUUUAAUUUAUUAUUUAUUUGUAUUUCAAGUGUAAAUUGACUGUUUUAUUUAUUUUGUUUAGUUAGUUAACUUAAUUUUCUGUAUGUCUAUUUAAAAAAUCUCUAAAUAAAAUGAAUGUGUCAACAUAUCUUUAAUAUGCCUUUAUAUAUGAACUAUAUAUUUGGUUGUUAAUAAUAUUAUUGGUUUCAUAAUUUUGCAUGUAAAUUUCGGAUAAAAAGUGCAUACAUAGUAACAAAUUUAGUACAAACAAUGUACUAGAAAUUAUUCAAUCAAUAAAUGUAACUAUUAAUCAAAACUAUUUCCAAUAUACUCAUUAAUAAUAUUUUUUAUAUAAUCCUCCUUCUUUUAAAAAUGCUGGUAUAUAUAAUAAACUUAUUUGUAACUUUAAUAAAUUGUAUAUAGGUAAGACAAAUAUACAUUUUAAAAUAAGAUAUAAAGAAGAAGAUAUUUAUUUAUGAGUAUUAAUUAUUUUAAUAAUUUUGUUUUUACUUAAUUAUUUCUUGAAGAUAAUUACCGUGAAUUAUUAACAGGUUCAAUAACAAUAAUUUCUGAUCAUCUAAUAAUGACACUUUUAUAAUUUCAUAAAAUAUUUUCUAAAAAAAAUUAAAUAAUACAAUUGGAUUAAAAACCUAUUUACUGAAAAACCAUUAUCAAAUUUCACAACCACAAAGGAAGAACAAUUAUUAUUAUUAAUCUAUUAAUCGACAUUUCAUCGGAUUCUUCAUUACAAAUACAUUUCUCUUCAUUAUCACUUUUAGUACUUUGAAAUAACAUCAAAGAUCAAUAUUCUGAAGUUGCCAACAAACCUUUUAUGUAUUGAACCAUUUAUUAUGAAAACUUCUAUUAUUAAAAAUCAAAAAAUUAGCUCCCUAAAGUAACACCCCAGUCAGAUUUCCUUUCAAAAAAAGUUUUACAAUAAGAGCAAAAUUUCUGGUUGAAAAGUUGUUCAUAGAAAAAAAAACAUCAUUUUAAAACCAACACAUUUCUCGUUCUUCUCAAAAUCUAAAAUAUGAAUGACUAGGAUUUAAACCGUGUGAGUACCAAAUAGGGUACCCAUGACAGUCGAUUUAUUAAACGGAAAACAAGUACAUUGUUCGCAUUAAAAUAAAAUACCAAUAGUCAUUGGUAUUUUUCUUUGUAAAAGUAUAAAUAUUUUGUAUUAUUUUAAAUUAAAAUUUAAUAGUAUAUAUGAUUGAUUUAUUUUGUCAUAAAAGUAAAAAUUUUUGAAUACUUAAAUAUAAUAAAUUUGUAAUUAAUUUACUUUUGGGAGCACAUUUAUUGUUUUUUACUUUUUGGGAUGCGAAAACCAAAAAAGUUAGUGAACUAGAUUUUUUUACCCUGUGUGACUAGUGACUGGUUUCAUUUAAUGGUUACUAUCUGAAACACUAUUAUAAAUCACUUUUUAUUAUUAUUUAUAGUAAAACAUCAAUUCUAUAAUCAUACUUUCAUAUUGGUGCUAAAAUUACUAUUUUAAUAAAUAUCAUAUUUAUUUAGCAGUUUAGCAGUAAGUUUUUAGAAUACUCAUAGAAAUUAUGAUAGAGACUGUCUAUAGUCUACUUCUAUUAUACAAUGAUGUUAUAUAGAUAACACUUGUAUAAGUAUAUAAUAUAAUUAAUACUUUUUAUUUACCCAUAGCAUACUGUAUUUUUUUAAUUUUACAGAAAUCUACAAGUCAACAAAGAGCUCAUAACAUGAGUGUCACAGAAUCAAAUCCUACAAAUUCAAACAUUAAAACUCAGUCUUCUGAAGUAGAAUCAUCAUUAAAUCUGGUACAUACACUUAAUAUUUCAAGAACUAUUUUUAUUUUAUUACAAGAUCAUUCUAAUUGUUUUAUGAGUUUUUUGGAAAAAAAAAACACUCAAUUAAAUAAUAUGCAUGAUAAAACUUUGUAACUUAGUAAUUUUUUUUAAUAUAAGUAGGUUUUACAGUUCAUGAAUUGGAAGGUUUUUAAACUAAUAAACUGUUUACAAAAUCUAUUUGUUUUAGUAAUAAGUACUUUUUGUGUUGGUAGUUCUUAAGUUAUUAAGUCUUUUCAUUAACCAUUAAUUGAACUAAUGUUAUAGAUUUUAAUGUUCAUAUGCUUCUAACUAAAAAAUAAUAAUUUCAAAACUAUUAUAACAUUAAAUAGAAAGAGAUUAUAUUAGGUAAUUUCUGACAAGUAAUGGGUAUUUAUUUAUUCAAUUGAAAUAAAAGCAAUAGUAAUAACAGUAGGUAAGUACAUUUAUUUCAGAGUUGUAUUGCAGAUUUAAUCUGUAGGUAAUGGUAUUUAUUUUUUUUAUGUCAAUAUUUUGGUGUGAGUCUGUAUACCGAUAAUAUCGAAUUAAUAUGUCGGUAUUUUCGAUAUUUCGAUAUUAUCGGUAUAUUUGAUAUUUGUAUAUAUGAUAAUUUCGGUAUACCAUUUAAAAAAAAAAAAUAUGUUAUACCGGUAUUACUGUCGCUCCUAAUUUAAUUUAUACAUAACAAGUUUGGAUUGAAGAGUGUAAAUAUUAUUUCUGGGACUCCUUCCGUAAAUUUGAGACAGAUUAAUAAAAUGCUUGUGCUAAUGUAUAUUCAGUAAAUUUGAAGCAGUAAUGGGUCAAAAUAUUUCAAAAUAACUCGAUACUUAUAAAACAUGUAUUUAAUAUAAAAAUAUAUACCAAUGUAAUUGGUAUAUGAUAAAUAUCAAUAUAUUUAACGUAUACAUUUUUAAAACAUCAAAUUUCUUUUUUAAAAAAUAAUUUAUACAAGCAUCCAUGUGUUUUUCAUGUAUUAAUUAAUACAAAUUAAAGAAUAUCAGCUACCAAAGUAUUUUAAAUGUUGUUUAUAAUAUAAAAGUAUUAGUAAAAUUGUUUUAUACAAACGCUAUCGUUAUUUAUAGGUUAUGAGUGUUAUGAUUGCUUAUAUCACCUUUGAUGAAUAAUUCUAAAAAGUUCAAUCAAUGAUAUAUUACAAUUCUAAUAUCAUACACUUAAGCUCUGCUGUACAGAUUUUGUUUCAUUAUUACUAUUCGACUACCAUUUGAAAUACUCUUUACUUACACAAUUAUAUUAUCUCUACUAGGUAUUCUUUAAAUAUUUACUGUAUUUUAUUUCACAAGAUGUUUGCGCAGUUAUAUUUGAGAUGUUUUGACCUAAACUGGCUGAAGUGAUUUACUUGUUGUUAAUUCUCUACCUAUUUAAUUUUUAUUUAAACAGAACAAAUAUAUAGGAAUAUAUUAAAAUUUUAAAAAAACUAAAUUUGAAUGAGAGAUAAAAAUAAAGUGGGUACUAUUGGUAGUGUAAUUGUAAUGUGUAUACCAAUAUAUUAAAUAGGUACCUACUUACUUAGACACACACAUAACAUGAUUGAUAAUUUUGUUUUGGUUUUAUAUUUAUAAAAUUAAAAACAAAUUUAUGGUCCUGAUACAAUUAUAUCCUGUUUCAAAAGAGAAUGAAAACUGGUCGCGAAAACAGUACAUUCUCUUUUGUAACGAGGUAUAUAUUUUAAUUUAUUUAAUUGACAUCUAUUAUAAUUGGAUGCCAAUAUUUAUCAGAUUUCUAAAUUGACACAAAUUUUGUGUUUAUUUCCAAACUAAAGUUAAUGAUAUAACAUAAUUUGUGAUAGAUGGUGUCAUAACACUUUUGGUGACUUCAUAAACCUUGAAAUAUAAAAUAAUUUCUUCUUCUAAUAAUAUUAAUAAUAACAUCUAAUAGUAAUAAAAUCUAAUAGUAAUAAAUUGGUUAAACUCAUUAUUAUUAUUAUUAUUUACCUAUUCUUAACAUUUACAAUGUAUUAUCUGGUAAAAUAUAUGUGUUUUAUGUUGUUAUGUACUCUGAUGUCCACCUUCUAUGUAUUUGUCUGAUUAACUACAAGAGAAUAUUGCAACAAAUUUAUGGAAAAGUCUUAAUGACACUAAUAUUUUUGCUGACUCUGUAUAUUGUUGUUACAAUACUAAUAAUAUUCAUGAUACACUGCAAUGUAAACUGAAUAUACUUUUUCAUUUAUAAAUAUUGCUUAUGUUGUCUCAUUGGCUGUACAGAACAUUGUGAAAUUAGAAUCGAAUCAAUCAAUUGAAGAACCAAAACCAGCAAUGCCAGAAGUAAAGCAGUCACUUAGGCGUAGUAUGUUUAUUUAUGUUUAAAGUAUAAGUAAACGUAUAAAUGAUCAUCCAAUUUAAAUACAUUUUUAUUUUUAGAAAUGUUUAAGAAAGAACAGAAAAAACGGUUUAAUGCUCGAAUACGUCGUUUAAUAUGCCCUAAGAGUCCAUUAAAGGUAUUUUCUGAGUUGUACAGUGAUGUGCCUAUUAAAUUAGAAGCGCAGAUGCGUGGAAAUUUUGUAAUUUUUAUUGCUUCGAUUAUGGUAAGAAACUUUUUAUAAUUAGAUAAAUUGAUUUAUUUAAUGUGUCACUUGUAAUAUAAUAUUACUUGUAUUAUUUAGAUUGAUGAUCAAUUAUAUACUGGAGAUCAUGUUUCUAAAACUCAAGCUAAAGAAAUAGCAUGUGAAAAAUUCUUGCGUAAAAUGUUGUCAAAUGAAAUUUGUCAAACCUCAAGAGCUUGCUCUGGUAACUAAUUUUAAUAAAUUAUUAUGAGCAACUAGGUAUCAGAUUUAAAUGCCCUAAAAAUGAUCAAAAUAAAAAGUGUUAUAAAAAAAAAAAUAACUAAAGUGUCUUUUAGGAAAAUAAUAUUAUUAAACAAAUUCUUAAAACUACUCUAAUAAUGAAUAAAAAUAAAUAGCCAGAAAUGCAAAAUAAAAGUUUAACUUUUGUUGUUCUUUGUUUGAGCUUUUUGACACAUCACUGCUAUUGUAAAAAUAAGAUAAAGACGCGAUAAAAACAAAUUUCAUGAAAACAGAAUUUCUUUAGAUUAAAUUUUGAAUUAUCUAAGUAUUAUUUUUUAUAGGUGAUAACAUACAUAUGCUCUUAAAAUUAAUAAAAUGACCAAAAAGUAAAAGUUAAACUUUUGAACUAUAUGUUACUUGAAUAAAUAUUAUGUACUUGUACAUUAUAAUCUUAUUUGUCGAUGAAUUUGUCUUAAUUAUAAGUAUACGGGUGUGACUGUAAUUUUAUUUAUAUACUGAAUAUUUUCACAUUUUCCCUCUUUCUUUCUUAUAAAUACUAGUUGACCUGUAUAAAUAUUUUGAAAAAGAGGCUGCCAUAAGUGAACAUUCAAAUAUUUUUAUCCAUCAUUAAUGUAUUGAAGAAUAAAGAAGUAAAACAGUAAAUAAUUUUAACUUCGAUAGGUCAGGUAUUAUAUGUAUUUUAUAAUAUACAUAAGGUAUGUAAUAGAUAUUAUGCAUUACCACCUAUUGGUAUACAUAAAAAUAAAUAAUAUAAUAUGUUUAAAACUACACAAAGAAUUCUGAGAGGUCAAUUGAAAUGUUCCUACAUACAUAUAUGUUGUAGUACAACAUAUAUGUACAUAUCACUACUAUAAUUUCUUACAAAUUUAAAUUGUGUCAUUUAUUUAUUUGAUUUUUGUAAAUAUUAUUUAAUGAUAACUUACUAUUGUAACUGUUUUUUCUUUGCAAAUUCUUAAUAAAUAUAAAAACAAUAAAUUAUUAAUUAUUUAAAACAGAGGAAGUUGCUUCUACUGCAGAGAAUUCUAAGGAAGUGGAUGGUACUGGCAAUACUAAUUCUGUUAAACCUAAGGAAUCAUCACAAGAUUUUCCAUGGCUACAUUUUAAUUCAUUAGCCAUGCAUAACCUUUUAAGUAAUUGGAACUUGAAGUCUGUAUCAACACAGGUGAAUAUUUAUUUUAUAUAAUAUUGUUCACUCCUAAAUUGGAAAUUUUUCGUAUAAAAAUGUCAGCAUAAACAAUUACACUUAUCUAAUUACACAAAGGUUAUUCUUUAAUCUUUAUACAGAAGUACAGUUAAUAUCUUCAUGUUUGUACUAAAAAAAAAAAGUUUAAUUGUUCUUAUAGUAUUCAAAAUUGAGAUUUUAAUUUUUGGUUUUAGAUUAGUGCUAUGAAAAAGUUUCCUGCUAACCCAGAAAAGUACCAUCCUGUUGAUUUAUUAUAUCAAAUGUCACCGGGCAUUAAAUUUAAUGAGGCCUAUGUUUUAAAUAGUAGGUUACAUUUUGAAGCAAGCUGUGAAAUUAAUGGUGUAACAUUUAAGAGUCAAGGUAAUAUUUUGUAAAAAAAACUUAAUAGUCUUCCUCAAAGCUGUUACACUUACUAAACUGUUAUGCCAUUUCUUUAAAAGAAUUUUGAUGAUUCAUUUAUCACAAACAAUACUCUAUCUACCAAUAUAAUAUCAAUGAUUUCUUGAUUUCUAAAUGAUUAGUCUAAGGUUAAUGACAUAUUAUUAUACAGUCAAACUUGGUUAACUCAAAGUUGAAGGACCAACAAAAAAGUUAGAAUUCCCCAAGAAUUUGAGUUAUUGAAUUUUCAUUUGGUUUUAAUUUUAUUUAUUAAUCGUUUUAAUACUAAUGUCGCUAACAAUUAUAUUAAAAUCUUAAAAAUUAAAACUUAAAGGAACAUUAAAGUAAAUGUGUGUGAAUUAUUAACGCGUUAUAUUAUCUAGUGGUAAACAAGUUGUAAAAUCUGUAACAGUAACCAUAACAUUAAUAAAGUUUACUUUUUAUAGUAAAUGUACAUAAAUAUGGGAAUAACCACCUAUAAAUGAAUGAUUCUAAUAAAAUUGGAACUUCGAGUCAUCAACGAAAAUGUGAUUUAUUUACAUUGUUUAAUAAGACAUUUUUAGGGACUGUAGAAAAGUUCUAGUUAUCAAUGAUUUCGAGUUAAUAAAGUUUGAGUUAAACAAAUUUGACUGUUUAUUUUGACCUAACAUAUUAGAUGAUCAUUGUGUUGGUGCCCUUUUAGAAUAUAUCGGGCCAAGCUUAAUGUUUAUUUAAAUUUUUUUACAGGCCAUUAUUAUGUGUUCAUACCAAAAUUAAUUUAAAUAUUUUAAUAGUUCAAAAUAAUAAUAAAUGUUAUUAAUUUAAAUAUAUUUUAUAGGAGCUACAAAAAAAGAAGCUAAAAGAGAAAGUGCUAUUGCAGCAAUUAAACAUUUUUGGAGUUUUGACUAUCAUUCUUCAGAGAAAAAAUAAAUCUACAAUUUUUUUUGUUUUAUAUUUUAAUUUUCUAAUAUAGUAAUUGAUUUAGUUUACAAUAUUAAUAUUGUACUCAUCCAGGA